GGGGGGGGGGGGGGUUUCCUCUCAGCCAUGCAGUGAAGAUGUGUGCAGCCAGGUUCAAUGGCCUCAGUGCAGAGGAGGGGGUCCCCGGUCCCGUCAUGGCCUCCAGGAUGCUGGACUGGACCGAGGCAGGUCCCCGGAUCCUGCACAGCCUGGAGAUGGGCACGGUGAUGACCGUCUUCUACCAGAAGAAGUCCCAGCGGCCCGAGAGGAGGACCUUCCAGAUCAGGCAGGACACCCGGCAGAUCGUGUGGAGCAGGAACCCGGACAAAGUGGAAGGAGAGAUCGACAUGCGGGAGAUCCGGGAGCUGCGGCUGGGGAAAAGCUCCCGGGACUUCGAGCGCUACCCGGAGGAGGCUCGUAAACUGGACUCCGCUCACUGCUUCAUCGUUCUCUACGGCCUGGAGUUCCGCCUCAGGACGCUCAGUGUGGCCGCGUUCAGUGAGGAGGAGGUGAACAUGUGGGUCACGGGUCUGAACUGGCUGAUGGUCGACACUCAGAGAGCGCCGGCGCCGCAGCAGGUCGACAGGUGGCUGAGGAAGCAGUUUGAGGUCAUGGACCGGAGCCACGAGGGCAGCAUCACAGUGAAGGACGUGAAGACUCUUCUGCCUCAGGUCAACUACCGAGUCCCCAACACACGUUUCCUCAAAGACAAGCUGCAGGAAGUGGAGGCCAGGAGCGAUCUGUCGUAUCCUAACUUCGCUCAGCUCUACAGGACGCUCAUGUUUGACGCACAGAGGAGUAUUAUUGAGCAGCUGGAGCUUUCAUUCCCUCUGAGGAACGUCGACCGACCGGAGCUUUGUCAGAUUUCUCUCUACGACUUCCAGAAGUUUCUACAGAUGGAUCAGAAGGAGUCGUGGGCGUCGGAGCUGAGCCGCGUCAGAGAGUUCCUGACGGGCUACAUGAGGGGGGGGCCGCAGCCGGAGCCGAUGCUGCAGCUGGACGAGUUCCUGACCUUCCUGUUCUCUAAGGAGAACUCUCUGUGUGACGCUCGCCUGUCGCCCGUGGUUCAGGACGACAUGAAGAGACCUCUGUCUCAGUACUGGAUCUCCUCCUCACACAACACCUACCUGAUGGGCGACCAGUUCUCCAGUGAAUCCUCCCUGGAGGCCUACGCCCGCUGCCUGAGGAUGGGCUGUCGCUGCAUCGAGCUGGACUGCUGGGACGGACCCGACGACCUGCCCAUCAUCUACCACGGCCACACGCUGACCUCCAAGAUCAAGUUCCUGGACGUUCUGCACACCAUCAAAGAACACGCCUUCGUCACGUCGGAGUUCCCGGUGAUUCUCUCCAUCGAGGAUCACUGCAGCGUGGUGCAGCAGAGGAACAUGGCCACGCACUUCAAGAAGGUGUUCGGAGACCUGCUGCUCAUCAAGCCCGUGGACAACAACGCCGAGGAGCUUCCUUCACCGCACCAGCUGCGCAGGAAGAUCCUCAUCAAGCACAAGAAGCUGGUGGAGGGAACUCUGUACGAGGAGGUGACGUCAGCCAGCUACUCUGAGAACGACAUCAGCAACUCUCUAAAGAACGGCAUCCUGUACCUGGAGGACCCCAUCGACCACACGUGGACUCGUCAUUAUUUCGUGCUGACCAGUCAUAAGAUCUACUACUCAGAGGAGACGUCUCACUACCAGACGGCCGAUGAAGAGGAGGAUGACGAGAGGAAAGAGGAGCACAACAACAACAACAACAACAACAACAACAACAGCGAGCAGCACUGCACCGAGCGCUGGUUCCACGGGAAGCUCGGCGGCGGGCGAGACGGCCGGCAGGUGGCGGAGAAGCUGCUGCAGGAGUACUGUGAGGGCGGAGCUAAAGACGGCACCUUCCUGGUCCGAGAGAGCGAGACGUUCGUGGGAGACUUCACGCUGUCGUUCUGGCGCUCAGGUCGCGUGCAGCACUGCAGGAUCCACUCCCGUCAGGAGUCGGGCUCCACUCGCUUCUACCUGACGGACAACCUGGUGUUCGACAGCCUCUACCGGCUCAUCGGACACUACCGGGACACGCCGCUGCGCUGCAACGAGUUCGAGAUGAGGCUGGGGAGCCCGGUGCCGCAGCCCAACGCCCACGAGAGCAGAGAGUGGUAUCACUCCAGUCUGUCCCGGGUCCAGGCCGAGCACAUGCUGAUGCGUGUUCCCAGAGACGGAGCGUUCCUGGUGAGGAAACGCAGCGAGCACAACUCCUUCGCCAUCUCCUUCAGGGCGGAGGGAAAGAUCAAGCACUGUCGGAUCCAGCAGGAAGGACGUCUCUUCAUGCUCGGCAGCUCGGCGGAGUUCGAGAGUCUGGUGGAUCUGGUGAACUACUACGAGAAGCAUCCUCUGUACCGCAAGAUGAGGCUCCGCUACCCGAUCAACGAGGACACGCUGGACCGCAUGGGGACCGCGGAGCUCGACUACGGAGCGUUGUACGAAGUCCGGACGCCUCAUUUCUACGUGGAGGCCAACAAGAUGCCCACAGCUCGGUGUUCGGUCAAAGCUCUGUACGACUACCGGGCUCAGAGAGAAGACGAGCUCUGUUUCCCCAAACAGGCUCUGAUCCUCAACGUGGACCAGCAGGAGGGCGGCUGGUGGCGAGGAGACUACGGUGGGAAGAAGCAGCUGUGGUUUCCUGCAAACUACGUGGAGGAGGUUCCCAGUUCCCCCAGCAGAGAGCCGGAGGACGUGUCGACAGAGAACAGUCCUCUGGGAACGCUGCUCAAGGGAUUCAUCGACGUUCCCUCCGGACACGUGGUGGUCCAUAAGGACGGUAAGAACUCGCGGCCGUAUGUCUUCACCGUCCACUCGCAGCAUCUGUCCUCUCACCCGGUGCAGACGCUGGACGUGGCGGCCGACAGUCUGGAGGAUCUGACCUGCUGGGUCGCCAAGAUCAGAGAGGCGGCGCAGAACGCAGACGCACGGAUGCAGGAGGAGAAACAGAUGGAGCGGAGGAAGAAGAUCGCGGUGGAGUUGUCGGAGCUCGUGGUUUACUGCCGACCCGUCCCCUUCAACGAAGACAAGAUCGGCACCGAGCGGACGUGCUACCGGGACAUGUCCUCCUUCCCGGAGACGAAGGCGGAGAAGUUUGCGACUCGCAGCCGAGGGAAACGCUUCCUGCAGUACAACCGCCGCCAGCUGUCCAGGGUUUACCCCCGGGGACAGAGGCUGGACUCGUCCAACUACGACCCGCUGCCCAUGUGGCUCUGCGGCUCGCAGCUGGUCGCACUCAACUUCCAGACCCCAGAUAAACCCAUGCAGCUGAACCAGGCGCUCUUCAUGCUGGGGGGGGGCAGCGGCUUCGUCCCGCAGCCGGACGUCAUGAGGGACGACGCCUUCGACCCGUUCCACAAGGACUCGCUGCACGUGGAGCCGAUCACCAUCCAGCUGCAGGUCCUCGGGGCGAGACACCUCCCGAAGAACGGGCGCAGCAUCGUCUGUCCCUUCGUGGAGGUGGAGAUCUGCGGAGCCGACUACGACGGCUGCAAGUGCAAGACGGACGUCGUGGCUGAUAACGGCCUGAAUCCCGUGUGGCUGCAGAAGCAGUUUGUGUUCGACAUCCACAACCCGACCUUCUCCUUCCUGCGCUUCACCGUCUACGAGGAGGACAUGUUCAGCGACCCCAACUUCCUGGCUCAGGCCACGUUUCCUGUGCGUCUGCUGCGAACAGGUUACAGGAAUGUUUCUCUGAAGAACAGCUACAGUGAAGAGCUGGAGUUGGCGUCGCUUCUCGUCCACAUUGAAAUCGUCAAUGCAAAGGAGGAAGACGAGGAGAACAUGUACACGUCCAUCCAGCUGCUGCGGGAUCGAACCAGCGAGCUGUCGACCCAGGUGUCGCUGCUGGAGCGCUCGGGCUCGGCCGACCUCAGCUACCAGCAGAGUGUGGAGGAGCUGCGAGCGGCUCAGGAUCAGCUGAGCGAGCUGGUGGAGGCUCGGAACCACAGGCUGACGGAGAAGAAGAGGAGGGAGAAGCUGAGGCAGCAGGUGGCAGCGAAGCGCAGUUAAAUCCUAUCAUCCUCCAGGGGGCGCUGAACUCAAACUGAGCCUCACUGAGCUGCAGCAGCGAGAUGCAACCGACCGAUAACUGGAGAGGAAACGAGUUCCCUCAGAACAAAGUGGGAGGUUUCACUGUCGCUAGCUUCGGAGGAGUCGAGCACAAACAUCUCAGAGAACUUGAAAUAUUAAAAGAAUCCGACUCAGGUUGAAACACACGAUGAGUAAAUUAGUAAAUCAGUUCUGAACUUUGCACAAACGCAGGCAGAAAAAGUGGGUUAAUCUUAACUAUUCAAAUAAUCAUUAUUCAAAAAUAAUUGAUUGUUCCAUCGUCUGAAACUUGAGGAUUUAAUGAUUUUCUUCUUAAGAAGUGUAAAUAAGCUUUUUUUUUACUAUUUCCUGACAUUUUAUGAACCAAACUUUUUUAUGAUUUUUCAGGGAACUAAAGCAGAAGAUUCACCAGAGAUGAAAAUAAUAAUUAUUGCAGAUCUAGAACGUCUGAUAGUCUCUUUCUUCAGUGAACGUCACCUGAUCAUCAUUGAUGAGCCAAUGACCAACUGCCUUUCAAUUCCAUUUCACUGGUAUAGAACCAAAUCACAGGAACAUUAACUAAAGACACUUUGCACAGUGAGGACGAGAACUUGUGAUAUUAUAGAGAAACAUGAGGACUUUGUGAAUGUGGAGAGAAAAAACUCCUUUCACCCCAAAAAUUAAGGAAAAAACAUUUUAAAAGUUCUGAGAAGGAGGAGCUGUUUUUUAAUAUUCACACAAGACAAUAGAAUUUAGAUUUUAAACAAUGAUCAGAUCUGAUUUAGUUUCGUGACAAGUUUAGAAAACACAAAACGACCAGAGUCAAAGUGCUUAAAAAAUAUAAUAAUAAUAAUAAUAAAAACCAAAGAUCGUGAGAUUGGCUCUUUGUGUGUUUCGGGCUCAAGUCGAGACAAACAGGAAACUCAGGUUUCACUAGAGGAAGAAUAAAAACCUCCUGAUUGGUGGAUGAGAUAUCGCAGGAAAUAUCACGUCUGUGCCUUUAACGUUUUGCUUUGUGUCGAGUUCGAUUCCCUGUCAUGGUUCAGGACGUUUCUCUGCAACUGGAACGAACUGGAGGAGGAAUCGACACGUUGGGUUCGGAACCACUACUCUACUGGGUUUAAAGGGAUUUAAGGACUGUUGAUCACAUGAACACUGCCCCCAUGUGGUUGGCAGUGUUCUUGGAGGACUUCAGAUCCUCACCAAACCACACAAGGUCUUUUCAUGACUUCUCCAAAGGGCUCUGAACUUUAUCGUACGCUACCUUCAUAUAGGUGUGAGAACACCAGGCUUGGGGAGGUGGCGCCCCCUGGAUGUCACCUGAGGGACCGCGGUGUGGUGACUUUGUUCGGCCCCUGCCCGACUUCAUAUCUAAUCUCUCAUUGUAUAGAACGUCUUUUAUUUAUCAGACAGGUGUAGAUCCAGUUUAAAUAGAUGAAAGAACACGACAGUGGCCUUCAGAUGUAACUUCAUGUAGAAAUGAAAAUCUCACUUUAAAAGUCCACAGAGACAAAAUGUCUCUCGUCUAUGCAUCGUCCUCCCGGCCUGUAGCCGCUGUGCACGAGACAUUUGACUCCAGCUCUGUUUUCUCUUUGUAUCUUCGCCAACUGUCCAGUAUUAUUACUCUGCUUUACAAAUACUGUGCGUGUUUCCAUUUAAUAAAGCUCUUUCAUGUA